AACUCAAAUCUCCAUUUUCACAUUGAAAAUAGAAAUGGCUCGCACUAAGCAAACUGCGCGCAAAUCCACAGGAGGCAAGGCUCCGCGUAAGCAGCUGGCCACCAAAGCUGCCAGGAAAUCUGCUCCGGCCACCGGCGGAGUGAAGAAGCCCCACCGCUUCCGUCCUGGUACCGUCGCUCUCCGUGAGAUCCGCAAGUAUCAGAAAUCCACAGAGCUUUUGAUCAGAAAGCUUCCUUUCCAGAGACUUGUUCGUGAGAUAGCUCAGGAUUUCAAGACCGAUCUGAGAUUUCAGAGUUCCGCUGUGGCUGCGCUUCAAGAGGCAGCAGAGGCUUACCUCGUUGGAUUGUUUGAGGAUACCAAUCUCUGUGCUAUUCAUGCCAAGAGAGUCACGAUUAUGCCCAAGGACAUCCAGCUUGCGAGGAGAAUUAGGGGUGAGAGGGCCUAAUUGUCUGGGAAAUAGAUUAGUAAUGCAUAGUAUUUUUGUUUUUCUGAUUUUUCAUUUUAAUGAGAAUGGUGCAAUCAUUUUUAAGUUCA